GAAAACAACAAUUGAAAUAUUAGUUAAGGUGUGAAAAAUGGAUCAAAAUAAGCUUAAAUGUGUCCGAUAUUCACUUAUUUUAUUUAAUAUAGCAUUUAUGGUAUUCGGUUUAAUGAUAGCCAUAUUUAGUAUAUAUGGUCUCAAAUGCAAUGAACGCCUAUUAAGUCUGUUAUAUGAUAUGAGUCCUGAAAUCAGAACCGUUAAGAAAUGUUUUGUAAUAACGGGUUCACUGGUUAUCAUAAAUGCCAUCUUUGGUCUGACGGCUAUCUUCAAGAAAAAAUUCAGUAUUUUAAUAGCCUUUUGCUUUAUAUUAAUCGGAUUAUUUGUGUUCACUUUAUUUUCUAUAAUAAUGGGAACUAUUUGUCAUCGAAAUAUCACUAACUUAAGCCCUACAAUAGCAUCGACAAGAUUUUCACAUAUGAUGACUGAAUACCAGUGGAACGGUAUGAAUAACAGGACGGGAGAGUUGGUCGAUGAGAUACAAAUUGAGUUCAAUUGUUGCGGUUCUUUCAAUGGGUCUCACAGUUGGGAACUAUUGAGACCUACCGGCACCCCUCUGGGCUCAUAUCCAUUAUCCUGUUGUUUAGAUGAUAUAAAGUAUGACUCGCAAAAUGAAUGGUGCGAUGAAGAACAGGUUCAUAAUCAGGAGUCGUGUAUAGACUCGACUGAAGAGUCCAUUAUAAAAGUGUCAAAUAGUCUUCAGAUAAUAAUUGACAUAACCAUCGAAGCAGCGGUCGUUCAAUUACUUUGUAUUGUUUGCAUAUUUUUGCUUAGAUCUAAACCAAUCGAUAGACAGAUUUCUAUAAAUUGAGUUAAUUUUAAGUUCAUUUAUAAUUAAUUAUUUCUGACAAUUCUAAUUGAAAUCAUUAUAAUAUACUUUUU